AUGCACAAGAGGCUCGAGUCGGCAGUGUCCCAGCUCCUCAACGACGGCCAUCCGAGCGAAGACCUGGCUACCGACAGGGCGCGGGUCGAGAAGUACAUCGACGCGUACGAGGAGGGGAAGCUGUUCUUUGGCCGCGACACGCUCGCCAGCCUGGACCGGCAGAUUGACGCGCUGCGAGCGGCGGGGGCCGUGGGCGACUACAACGGCGAUGGCGGCGUCGUCACGCUCAAGGAUAUCAUGACGCACAUGUCCACCAAGUACCCCGAGUACCUGCUGGAGGCUGAAACGCCGCUCGCCAUCGGGUAUCAGCACCCCGUUGAGCCCUCUGGGCGGCCUCUGUGCGACCUCGAGGCUGCCUUUCGCGCGCACCAGGCGUCGUGGCUCGCCAGCGCUACAUGCAAGUCUCUCACCACCACCAUCGCCGCCUCCGUCGCCACCCUCCGCGCGCCCAUCAACAAGAUCGUCUGCUUCGGCCUCGGCCGCCUGGACGAGUGGAAACUGACCAACACGCCUGAGGAGCUCGCCAAGUCGGUGGAGCGCGCCGCGUGGCAGCAUGCCGCCGCGCUCACCAUGGCCGAGACGCUCACGCGCGCACAGGGCGGCGGCGGCGACGAGGUCCGCUGCUACACGCAGGACCCCGUGUACGCCGACGUGGAGAAGCAGCUGCUGGCCGCGCUUGGCUUCGAGAUCCUUGAGGACCCCAAGGGCUUCCUGGCGGUCGACGACCGCACACUCGUCUUCAGCGUCACGCCCAACGUGCCCGUUCGCCAGAUCGUGGCGGACAUGGUCUGGCCCGCGGCCAUGGUGUGGGACGUGAUUGAUAAGGACAGGGACGACGAGGGGGAGCGCGAGUGGCGAACGGACAUGAACGAGGGUCUGGAACGGCGCAUCUCGCCGUGGUUCACCGACGAGGGUUCGAUCCGCAUCACGGAGAUGGGACAGCAUUAUACGUUUUCGCCGUUGCCUGGUGACCUGCACAAGAACAACUUUGGGUCGCUUGGGAUUUACUUUAGAAAGUAA